AUCCGACACAUUAACAGGCUCACCCAGGACCCUGCAACUGCGAGAGAGCGGGAGAGAAUCCUUCGACGAUGGACCCGAAUAGCGCGCACGCGGUGGCGAUGGCAGCGAUGGCGUCGCACCAUCAGCUGAAGCCGCCGGGGAUCCUCCACCCGGGUCCCCUUGGUCCGCCACCAGGGGUGAGCGGCCUCCCGCCUCCGGCAGUAGACCCCAUCUCACCGGUGAUGCAGCCUGGCCGUCGCGGCCCCCUCGAUCUCGAUCCUCAUCUUCACCACCAACAGCAGCAACUCGCCGGGUACUUCCCGAAUCCCUACCAGGAACCAAUCAAGACCAUCUUCAUCUCCGGUCUUCCAGACGACGUCAAGCCCCGGGAGAUCCACAACCUCUUCCGGCGCCGGUACGGCUUCGAGUCCUGCCAGCUCAAGUACACCGGCCGGGGCGACCAGGUUGUUGCAUUUGCGACAUUCUUCGACCAUCAAUCUGCAAUGGCAGCAAUGGAAGCAUUAAAUGGUACAAUUUUUGAUCCUCUUACUGGUGGAACAUUACAUAUUGAGCUUGCAAGGUCAAACUCACGAACUAAGCGUCCAAGAGGUAGUAGCGCCUACACAGUAAUUGAUAAGAGAAUUAAGGAUUCUAAGGGUGCUGAGGACGACUGGGGUAAUGAUGGAGAUGGCGGAUCUGAUGACCCAUCGAGCAUGAAUAACACUAGUUCCAGCAACAAGAGUGGUUUACCAUCAGCACAGAGUGGAGAAGCGACUGGUAAUCUUGCUAAUUUUCAGGACAAUUCAGCUACAGUUGCCGAUAAGCCUGCAUUAGGGGAAGCUGCACCUUGUUCUACGUUGUUUAUUGCAAAUCUUGGCCCAACUUGCACGGAGCAAGAACUUACUGCCGUCCUAUCAAAGUACCCGGGAUUCCAAGUCCUUAAGUUGCGGUCAAAAGGUGGAAUGCCUGUUGCUUUUGCUGAUUUCCAGGACGUAUCAUGUUCAACUGAGGCUCUAAGGUCGCUUCAGGGAUGUCUUCUUGCAUCUUCUGACCGUGGAGGAAUGCAUAUAGAAUAUGCCAAGUCAAAAAUGAGGAAAACCAGGUGAGCAGAAGCCAUUCUUACUUCUAAGGGGAGGUGUCCAAUUUCAGAAGCGCUGCCAGAAGCAAAACGUUGACAGAUUUGCGAUUUUGUAGCGAUUGUUAUUAGUGUAACUCGAAAGGGCUGACUGUAGAAAUUUUCCUAGAUUUUGUAUAUUUGAAUUUAACUGCUUUUGAGUCGGGAGUAUGCCAAAUGGAAGUUGCAGUUUAAUGGUAAUCAUGGCUAUUCGGAUUUGUUGUAA